AUGGAAGCAUCUACAUCAAUAAAUAGAAUAGAAAAUCCAAAACCAAAAGAUACAUAUGAAGAAGAGGAAGAAUCAUUUGUAAUAUACGAUGAAGAGGAUAUCGCUGAAGGAGUCAAAAAAUGCAAAUAUAGUAUUGUGGGGAAGCUAUUAACUGAGAAGACUAUCAACCCUAGCUGCGUUCAAAACGAAAUAUUGGGACAUGAUGAAGGAACAUGUGAAGAGGCAGAAGAAAAAGAAGAUGGGAGCAAACAAAAAUCCAAAGGUCUUGAAACUUGGAUAAGAGCUGAUACCAUGGGGAUAAGGGUUAGUGACAGUUGGGAAAAUAAAGGGAAAGCUAGGAAGGAACAAGAUCUGAAGAAUAUGGGAGAAACCAACAAAAAGAGUCAACAAAGGAUGCUAAACAAACUGGCUAAUCUAAUAGUAAUAGACAACAGACAAUACAAGCAAAACACAAGCAACAACAAAGCCCUUACUCAAGUGAAAACAACCAAGAAAGAUGAUGGAAAAGAGAAUGAAAAGAAAGAAAAAGAAUUGGAGAAAGACAAAGACAUACAAACAAGCCAAACACCGAGACAACAAAACAAAGAAGAAAUAAAAGAAAGAGAAAAGCCCAAGGAAGAAGCCAGAAAUGAAGGGAUAAGCAUUAAAGAGGAAAACACGAUAGAGGUACAGGGAAAAGAGGAGAAGAAAAGAUGGAAAAGAAGAGCCAGAGAAUCAGAAAACAACUCAAACAAAGAAGAAAAAAUGAGUACAGAUGCAAAGAGAAAGCUGGCAGAAAAAGUACCUAUGGAGAUUGAAGAGGAAGAGAAGAAAACAAAGAAGCACCAAUCAAACCCACCAACGGCAGUGGUUGCUAAGCAACUCUACCAAGACCAAUGA